CUGCAAGUGAUGAGCACUACUUGAAGAUAGAGGCACUGAGAACAAUACUUACUGUCUCCUGCACUGCCAAACUUCUUUUAUAUAUAUAUACGUAUACACCCUUCUCCAUGCUAGAUGAACUGAGCAGGUUUAGAAGAAAGAAAUGUUGAAAGCCAAUCUUCUUGCUGUUCUCAAGUUAGUUCUGAUCUUAUUAUGUACUGGAUGGAUUUCUCUCUGGCUGCUGAAGCCGACAAAUCUAUGGACAAGGAAAUGGAAGGAAGCUGAAGACAGCACCAGAAGUACAGUGAUUGGCUAUUAUGGCCUUAACUUUGCUGUGUAUACAUUUCCCAUAAUUAGUCUAGCUAUUGUUGGACUUGUCUGCUUGAAUUUGAAAGCAAGGGAGCUGCCAAGAAGCAGGCAAACAAGAGUAUCAACUUCUGCCUUUUCAAAUCCUCUUGUUAUUAAUAGCCUUCUGGGAGUUUUAUCCACCAUGGAGAUUCUAGCAGUGUUUCUCUUUAUCCUCUUUCUGGCAUGGACCUUUUACGCGCACAUAUCGAAUGAUUUUAGGAAGUUGAUUCCAGUCAAGUCAAUGAAACUGGAUUUAUGGCAACUCAAGUAUUUGAGAGUGGCAACACGGUUUGGCCUACUAGCGGAGGCCUGCCUGGCUUUACUUCUUCUUCCCAUCUUAAGGGGACUUGCUGUAUUUCAGCUUCUUGGUAUCCAAUUUGAAGUUUCAGUGAGAUAUCAUGUAUGGCUGGGGACUGCAAUGAUAUUUUUUGCUUUCUUUCAUGGGACCAGCACCUUGUUCAUCUGGUGUGUUAGCCACCAUAUUCAGGAUGAGGUACGGAAAUGGCAGAGAACAGGCCGGAUUUACCUUGCAGGAGAGAUUGCUCUUCUUGCAGGGUUAGUUAUGUGGAUCACAUCACUUCCUCAAGUAAGAAGGCAGAAGUUUGAAGUAUUCUACUAUAUGCAUCAUCUGUACAUAAUAUUCCUAGUUUUCUUCUUGUUUCAUGCUGGAGACUGACACUUCUAUAUGGUUUUUCCGGGGAUUUUCCUCUUUGGCCUUGACAAACUACUUCGAAUCAUUCAAUCCAGGACAGAAACCUGCAUUCUCUCCGCUAGACUGUUCCCCUGUAAAGCUCUAGAACUCAUUCUGCCACGAGGCGCAGGAUUGAAAUACACCCCAACAAGUGUUGUAUUUAUGAAGAUACCAAGUAUUUCCAAAUUUGAGUGGCAUUCGUUCAGUGUAACUUCCAGCUCGUCAGCCGAUGAUCCCAUGAUGUCUGUUAUAAUCAAAUGCGGAGGAUGGUGGACAAACUCUCUCUAUGACAUGAUUCAAGCUCAAGUAGAUUCAGAAGCCAACAAGAUGGACUGCAUACCAGUAGCCAUAGAAGGUCCUUAUGGACCUGUCUCCAUGGACUUUCUAAGAUAUGACAGUAUACUUCUGGUUGCUGGGGGAAUAGGAAUAACCCCAUUCCUCAGCAUACUGCAGGAAAUUGCGGCAGCUCAAAGCAGCAACAGAUAUAGACUCCCCACUAGAAUUCAACUUGUAUUUGCUGUAAAAAAGUCCCGAGACAUUUAUCUGUUAAAUUCAAUUUCUUCUCUACUUCAGAACAAUCCAUCACCAAAAUGGCAUCUCAAAGUAAAAGUCUUCGUGACACAAGAAAGGCAGCCUGAUGCAACAGUAGGAGAAAUACUCGAGGAGUUAUCACCGCCACAAACAAUUCACUUUGCCCAGAGUGGUCCAAUAUAUGUAGUACAUGGACAGGAAAAUUAUCUCUGGAGGGCUGCGCUGGUUGCAAUUGCAUCCGUUGUGUUCUUUGUUUUGCUUCUGUGUUUCAACCAUAUAUUUAUUCCCUCCGAGAAGAAAGGUUCUCCAUCGGUAAAACUAGCUGUUUCCUCAGAGAAAAAACCCCCCAAAGCACAGAGUCCAUCUUGGGUAGCAGAUCUGCUCAUCAUUUCCUCUUUCAUCAUAGCUCUAACAUGCAGCAGCUUGGUGGCAAUUGUACUGAGAUGGAGAAGGAUGAAGAAAGAAGUCCCACCUUUCUCUCAAAAGCAAGGCAAAGCAAAGGAAGUUAGCUCAGUUGAAACAAAGGGUGUGGUUGAGGAACAUGAAGUCCAUUUUGGAGAAAGGCCUAAUUUGGAAGAUAUAUUCACCAUGUUCGCGAACGAAACCGGUGGAUCUGACAUCGGAGUCCUGGUCUGUGGACCGGAAACAAUGAAGGAGGCAGUGGCCAAAUUGUGCUGGAGGAAGUCUUCAUACUUUAAGAUUGGUCCCAACAAGAAGAAACCAUUCUUCAGUUACCAUUGCUUAAACUUUAACCUGUAGAUUCGUUCUUUAAGUACUUGAUUAUUCCAGAAGCAUUAGAAAAAUAAUCGCAUGCACAAAUG